AGAAAAGAGUGAAGUGAAUAGUUCUUGUGCAUAUAUCACUGGAAUGUCUUCUGCCUAAAUAUCUGUGAUAAAAACCGUCCUCCCGGUAGAACGACUACCGGAAAAAAGUUUUCGAAUGUGAAUAAAUGCCUUGUGAAAGGACUAAUUGACGACUUUCUACUCUUAAAAUUCAUUAUAUUUUAUUCGUUGUCUGUUGAUGCUUGGAAAUUAGUCUACAGGAUUAUUUUCGUGAAGGUAGUCGUGGAAAAAAAUAACUUUUCGUUGUGACUUUUUGGCUCAUCAAAGUUAACGAAGGAAAUAUCUGUUCGCGUAUCAUAAAUAUGCAUCUUGCGUUUAUCUCAAAUUUGUUUUCAGGAAGUUAGAGGAUUUCUCUCAAUCACAAACAAGCAAUAAAUCGUGGAAUAUAUCAACAGGAUAUACAGUCUGAUACUGGAUGUUAGUGUGUUGUUUUGUUUUUUUUCCAAAAAAAAGUUCCACUUGUUUAGAUAGCUUUUAGCUGGAUUUCGUUAGUUCAGAAAUUAUAGCGCACAAGCAUUUUGGAAUAAUUUGGACCAGCUUGAUUCAAGGUCUUAUUUUAUAAAUAGGUUUUAAUAUAUUUAGUUUUACUGAAUACGUUAUUUCAGACUUUGGAUUUAUUUUUUUGCGAAAGAAAAAAAAAGAUAUUUGUAGUGCAACAUUUUCGGGAAACAUACUGUGUUUAUAAAAUCUGUGAAAUAAUAUUUUAAAAACAAGUCUGAUUUCUAUUAUGUUAUUUAUGGGAUAAUGACAGUAGUAGAUAUGCUGCAAAUAGGGCACGUAGAAAACCACACGGGUCUUGGAGAAGUCCGUCCCGGGGAUGUAAGGGCUAAGAAAAAGCCAUACGAAGCCUACCAUCCGCAUAGUCAACACCACCGAAGAGUUCGGGCUCAACCGUCGACUCCGACAGAUCCCGAAAUACAUAUAAUAGAAACGUGUACCAGCCCGGAGCCGGAAGCUAAUCCAAAUGAUCCUUUUGAGAAACAUUUCUUAGCUGCGGCCCUCGCGCCAGCACCGACACUUCAUGUGGACAAUAAAGUUCGAUCCUCAUCCUUCCGGAAUGAUAAACCAAAGCCUCAUAUUACUAAACGCGAACCCGACUUGUCUGUGUCAGGAAAUUACUCCAGUUCUCCUAAUCUCCUGUUUCCAAAAGAUGACACACACGUGCACUACGAUACUCGAAAUCAGGAGACGCGUGACGCACCAUUACGCCGAGUUCGAUCCUUUAAAACGACGUCAAAAGGGGGCGUUAUCAACAGGGGUGAUUCGUUUCGUAAAAAGAGCUCGAGUAGAAAUUUAGCGUCGGGUUCAACGAAUAGUCACGAUUCACCUAUGCUCGCCCAUGCGGCGAGCCACAAUUCGACUCUUGAAUGUACACCGAAAUCCGAGGAGCCCCCAUCAUCCUACUUCAAGAUUCAGAUCCUUGGACCACCCGGAUGUGGUAAAACUUCCAUUACCAAUCAAUUCAUGUCGUCGGAUUAUGCAAACGCCUACGACAGUAUGAACGUUGAUGAAGUAGAAAGAGCAGUAACAAUUCAGCUUGACGGGGAGGAGUUUACCAUGGAAUUUCUUGAUGUUCUUCCAUGGGAUGAUACUACAGAUCAUGAUAUAGAAUUGACAGCCGAUGCUUAUGUUGUGAUAUAUUCCGUUAUUGACAGAACAACGUUUGAUGCCGCUGUUCAGAGCUUGUACAAGUUACGGCAUGGUCUGGGUAUAGACAGACCCAUUGUACUCGUUGGCAAUAAAAUUGACCUGGUUAGAAAACGAAAAGUGAAGAAAGAAGAUGUAAGAUCUAUAUCUCGCACAUACGACUGCCUCCCGUUUGAAACAUCGGCAGUCUUGAACCACCAUAUCGACGAGUUACUUGUAGCCAUCUUGAAACAGAUACGUCAUAAAUUGAAUCCUGACCUUCACCCAUCACCAGACGACUAUACGGAACCGGAAAUGAGAAGACGUGAUAAAAAAGGCCCAGGUGGAUUUUUAGGAAAACUGUAUCGAAGACUAAGCAGGAAAGGCAGACCUAAAAAAUAAAAUUUUCCUUAUUUCUUUUCUCUUUAAUUAUGCAAGACAUGAGAAACGUCAAUGUGUUAGGACUGAAUUUGGCGAGAUUAUUCCGUUGUGUCCACGUCCGUCCUUGUGUUAUAUCAUGCACGAUGAAAUCCGAAGUACGACUUCACUUGUAUAGUCAGUAAGGUAGAUAUUUAGACCAACAACUUUUUCUCGAAAUCAAAUAUCUUUUAUAUUUUCCUUUAAGUGCAUCAUUUGAGCAGUUGAGUUAUAAUCAUUUUACCGUUCUUGAAUU